AUGACACAGGCUAAAGCAACUUGGCAAGAGACGCCGCCACGCAAUUUGCAGAAAAUCUCGGCAGCAUUGACAAAUGAGAAUGUGAAAUGGGAGGAUAUUAAGGAAUAUGUGGAGUCAGAACAAGAAAUAUCCAUCGCUCCAUUUGUGUUGAAGCGCAUCGCGCUUGGGGAAUGUGCAUCGAAUCGCCAUGUUUGUUCUCUAACGGUGAACUCAUCGAAGCACUUCUCGUUUGUUGGUAUCAAUAUACUUGGGCAGGUUCUCGAAACUCUCAGCACAUUUUAUAGACCAUCCGAUGAUCUGCUCGAGGAUGAAGAAAGCGCUAUUUCUUUCAUCGUUUUGGAGUUUUGUGGCGGAUUGAAACACUCAACAUCCGUCCUUUUUAUCGAUUCAGUUCUAACGGCUUUUACGAUCUCACAAGCUUUGCUUGCUGAAAUCUCUCGAGUUUCUUUUGUGCGAUGUUCUCACAUUGAGAAUGAUGAGGCUGAGAUCGCCGAUGAAUUGUUUAUUGCUCACACCGAGGAGUUGGAGUUGAUCGAUUGCGCCGAUGCUUUCAUUUACUUCGUCACAAAACAUUCACCGCAAAAUUUGAAGCGUUUUGUUGUACGUAACGAGAACAAUGUUGAUCGAGCAUUUGGGAAGAAAAUUCUCGUGGGAAUUCAAAGCUUUUGUGAUGAAAAAGUCGACAUGGAGAUCUUCUUACCAAGUGACGCAGAAACCGCUAGAGCAAUGGUUACAGACUAUGCAUCAACGGAAAAACAAAUUGAUGUAAACCGAUUAGAGCAAGAGAUCAAGGAUGCCGAAGCAGCUGAGAUGGCAGCUAGAGAAUGGCUUAGAAGUGAACAACGAGACGAGCUUUUUGAUGAGGAAGAUAAUGAUUUGGAAGAUCAACCUAGAAGUAGCCAAAGAGCCGUGCCAUCUGUGAGUUCUCUCGAAUCAAUCCCUUGGUCUGAAAUGCCGUGCCCCGUCGCAAUCACGAUCAAUGGAGCAUCGUUCUUGUCAAUUUCGGUUGUUGGAGUAAACGUGCCGAAUACGAAAACAAACGAUGCUGAGGGCGAUUGCAACGGUUUCGUAAAGCUGCGAAGGCCUUCAUCGCGUGAAUUUAAGACGGACGAUGAAAUGGAGGAGGACGAAAGCUAUUAUGAAGACGAUGUG